AAAGUAGAUAAUUAAGAAACUGUUUUGAACUUUACCCUCAGACGAAAAAUAGAUCUUUCGGGGAAAAGAGAAAAGCAGCGGUGUUUGUCUAUGCGUAUUGUCAGAAUUUGCAGCAAAGAAGAGGCAGUGAUUAAAGAUGGUGGUAAGAUUGCGGUUGUCUCGGUUUGGUUGCAAAAACAAACCCUUUUACAGAGUAAUGGCUGCCGAUAGCAGAUCUCCCAGAGACGGCAAACACUUGGAAGUCCUUGGUUACUACAAUCCUCUCCCAGGUCAAGAUGGUGGCAAACGGAUGGGUCUUAAUUUUGACAGGUUAAAAUAUUGGUUAUCCGUUGGUGCACAGCCGUCAGAACCAGUUCAACGUCUUCUUUUCCGAGCAGGCGUAUUACCUCCUCCACCUAUGUUGGCUAUGGGACAAAAAGGCGGUCCACGAGACACUCGACCAGUUGAUCCUAUGACUGGACGCAUCAUGACACCUGAAAGUGCCAAAAGUGUCGAUCCAGAAGUUGGUUCUUAAGUUGACGAAGACAAAGAUUAGAAUCCGACUAGUUGUAUUUUAUACAACUUCUACGCUUGGCCGAUAAUGUCCAAUCGAAGGUUUCUUGGUUCUAUCCUUUCAAUAAUUGAACUUGCUCUGAUACUGUUUUAUCUGUCAUUGUGCUGUGCAAAAGUCAUUCGCUGCAUAGUUCCUCAGUAUACUCUUAUCAGCACCUCUGUUGCAGUAACUAUUACUAAGAGUUUCUAGAUUCAAUCUGCUUUGCAUAUAAAAUAGAAUUAUUCAGGAUAUUGAAAGGCUGGAGAGCUGAGCCUAUAUAUAUAUAACAUCGGAACUCGCAGCCGCUACCCUUCGGGUACGCAUAGGUAAACCCAACUCCUGUGCAAUAGCUUGCAAACCACACAGAAGAGGUAACCCGCACUAGGCAAGCCCCGUGCGACGAGCUCGACCCAGAAGGCAAAUCCCUUGCUGUCUGAAAAAGAUUUUAAUUUUAAAGAGAUUUCUGUAGUUGAACUCUGUAACCUUUUGAGUUUAUUAUUCUAGUUACAUAUUUUAAAGUGCAGAA